AUGCCAGAUGAAGACAGCAAAAGGAAUCAGAAACUCACUGUUGAUAGCCUACCUACAAAAAUAGUAGAGAAAUCUGCCUGCCGAUUUGUCAGCUGGAAUUCAUGGAAUCUUUCCUUGGACAAGAUACGUUUUAUAAAAAGAGCACCAAAGGAUAAGUUGAUGCCAGAUGAAGACAGCGAAAGGAAUCAGAAACUCACUGUUGAUAGCAUACCUACAAAAAUAGCAGAGGAGAAAUCUGCCUGCCGAUUUAUCAGCUGGAAUUCAUGGAAUCUUUUCUUGGACAAGAUGCGUUUUAUAAAAAGAGCACCAAAGGAUAAGGUGACAAAAAGCAUCAACAUGUUCGAUGAAAAGAACAGGAUAAGGUGGAGAAGUGCCAUUAAUGGAAGGGAAAAGAAAAGUAACUAA